GCGUGCCAUGAUCUUGAAGCUGUUUAUUUCCGUUUGAAUCUUAAAGAGUAGUUUUUAUAUGAGAUAUGAGAUGACCCUCUAAUGUGAUUCAUGAUUUGAGUGAAUUAAAGAAACCCCAAUUGUUUGUUGCAUUGUUUACUGCUGAUGUGAAUUUGUUUUUGCUUUACUUGCCUUGUUCUUGAAUCUGGGUUUUUGUUUAAUUUGAGUUUUUAGGUUUGUGUGUAUUGUGAAGUGACCCUUUAGCAUAGUUGUGGAUUUUGUGAUUUUACGGGCAUUGGAGUUGGAUUAAGCUUCUUUUGGUUUUAAUGGCGGAAGAGGUAGUGAUAAUUCAAAGUAGCAAGUUCCAUACGGGCUCUUGGGAUGAGAGUGUGCAUUGGAUGGCGGCGAUUACUCUUACUUUUGCCUGUCAUUUUCCUGUUUCCACAUAUAAUCUCCGUUUUACAGUUACACAAGGAUUCAACUAUAGAGCAUCAGCACCAGAAACUGACCAAGAAAUUUGAUCAUUUGGUUUUUGGACCUGCUGCUGGAGAAGGUUUGCAUGAUCGGCUACAAUGCCAAGGCACUAAAGCUCUUAAUAAAACUCACUUUCCAUCUUCUCCAAGAAACUCAAAUUAUGGAGAUGGCAUCAGCUUUGUCACUGUUUUUACCACUUACAAUUCUACUGCUGAUAGCUUUAUAAAAAGUAGGUCAAGUGAACAGGUUUCUGUUGGAAAGAUGUCAUACAACAAGGUCGAGCGAUCAAUGGCUGUUCUGAAUGUCUUUGUUAAUUUCCUCGAGGUGACAAUGCCUCGUAGCAAUGUACUCAUUCUCACUGAUCCAGCAUCUACACUUCCAAUACAGAGAAACAGGGUCACACUCUAUCCAAUUAAAGGUGAAUAUUCGCGUGACAAGUUGAUGCUUCAAAGAAUCAGGUCUUACAUUGUUUUCUUAGAACAAAAACUUGAGGAGCAGUCUCAGUUACAGGGUCGAAUCUCUCACUACAUCUUUACUGACUCGGAUGUAGCGGUGGUUGACGACCUAGGACAAAUAUUCAAGGACUACCCACUCUUUGAUCUUGCUCUCACAUUUCGCAACAACAAAGAACAACCAUUAAAUUCAGGAUUCAUAGCAGUUAGGGGGAGCCGUAGUGGUAUUCAAAGGGCAAAGGUUUUCUUGCAGGAGGUGCUGGAAGUUUAUAGUUCUAAAUACAUGAAGGCUUCUCGGAUGCUGGGAGAUCAACUAGCUCUUGCAUGGGUUGUAAAAUCUCACCCUUCUUUUAAUACAAAACGAUUUACUAGGCAACAACCAUUUGAAGAGAAGAUCGGUGGUGCUUCGGUGCUCUUUUUACCUUGUGCUACUUACAAUUGGACGCCGCCGGAAGGGGCUGGCCAAUUCCAUGGGAUGCCAUUGGAUGUUAAAGUUGUUCAUUUUAAGGGAUCAAGGAAACGCCUCAUGCUGGAGUCUUGGAAUUUUUUGAAUUCAUCGCCAUCUCCUCAUAUUUCGGAUAUGUUAUGCCUUAUUCUAAGCAGUGGGAGGACAAAGUAUGAUUUUUAGGUUCAGCUUGGUUUGUCACUUCUCUGCCACUAAAAUGAAGACCAGUUCAAGAAUGUUUUACGAUUCGAUAAGAUAACUGCAGUUGCAGCUUUUGGCUUACGUGGGGUUGGUAUUUCUAAUUUAGAGGCUAUAUAGACUCUAGACUCUUGCGCCACCUUUACAACCAUAUAGUCCCUUAUGAAUCCCAAUCCUUGAUUGAAAUUGUUCGAGAAGAUAUCCCAAAUGUCAUGUAUACAGACUACAGAGCACUUGUGUUUUACUUUAUUACAAGUGAGACAACAUACAAGAUCAAUUCUCCAUUAUAUUCCUUGGUGAAAAAAGAGAGGUUAGAAGUGCUAUAUGAGCUUAGAGUCUACAUUUUUUUGAGCCUUUACUCAAGAUUUUGAUAUAGAAUAUGACCUUCAGUUAUUUAUUUUUUUCAUGUAAAUUUGAAAUUUAAGCCUUUAGAAGUGCUAUAUGGCCUUUUUUCUA